GCAUCAUCUGGAUAUGUGUGCAACAAAAGUUCAACAUUCACCUUCUGCUACUAUUUCUGUCAAGCCGUCUACACAUACAGUUUGACGCACACGUUCGAUAAAUCCAUCGUAUGCACCAUACAGAAUGGACUGCAACUGCUUCUGAAACGCAAUGCUGCAAGACGUUUAAUUGGAAAUGAAUGUCCUUAUUGUGUGCCAAAAUGAAAAACACUGUCGAUGUGAUCGAAGCGCUAGAACACCCUCCUCGCGCGUCUCGCAACGUGAAUGUAGCCAAGUCUACUCACCCUCGCGGUAUACAUUUUAUGAGCCAAUUUCUUCUCAGCAGGCAUGUUACUCCAAAAGCCAGGAGGUGGAACCACAUAACAUUAACAAAGACUUUAGGCGUUGCAUGGCGCACAUCCCACAUCUCUACCUAGAUGUGCAUAACGCUUGCAUCAUGCCGAAGAUGAGGCAGUACGUCUUUCUGGUGGACGGCUUGCGUGAACUGCGCUGUGCUUACACCAGGAAAGUGCGGGUGGUGGGUCUCGAGGUCAGGCAACUGCACAUGAUCAUGUCCCAGAGGUGUCACGGGGAGCUGGUGUUCACCACCGAUGACUGUGCAGCCUUGGACCGCCCGCCGAUGAGCUGGAGCCGGAAAUGACAAUGCCACUGUUUGAUGGGAGAGAGAGGGAGAGAGGGAGAGGGAGAGAGAGAGAGAGAGAGAGAGAGGUGGGGGGGAGGGAGAGGGAGAGAGAGAGAGAGAGAGAGGGAGAGAG